GAUCUCCACUUUACAAAAGCUUUCACAUUUUUCUUGUUUGCUUUGAUCUCUUUUUCUUACUUAGAAAUAUAGAUUCUUCUGAUCUUAUACCUUUUUUCCUUCUCUCUGCACCGAUUAGCUUCUUCCUCUCUCUUAUCUGUCCUGCAGCCAAAGUUACAGUUUUUCUUUUCUAAUUUUUCUUAUUGUUUUUUUUACUCUUCUCCUGUUUGUUAUAAAAAAUAAAGUAGUCGCAUUUAUUAGUGCUUGUGACUAGUGGGACACAUUUUGAGUGUCUAUAUAUAUGUAUGAUAUGAUUAUGAGAGUUCAUAGAGAUUACUAGAGUGUUCUAUGAUCUAUCACUGAUUGGCUUCAAGCAAUCUGGUUAGUUUCAGAUCCAGUGUGCCUGAGGACUCGUUUCCUUCUGAAUUUGAUCACAAAGGCGUGAGCCAAGGGACCAAAAAUGAAUGAGCUCCGAGGCAGAAAGGUUCAAAAGAUUGAGAGUCCAGUUCCAGGAUGCUUGGGGAGGAUGGUAAACCUAUUUGAUCUAGGUACAGCUGUCAAUGGGAACAAGAUGCUUACAGAUAAACCACAUCGUGAUGGUAAUCACUCAACUCCCUCUGCCACUAGUUUCUUCACUAGUCCAAGUUGUUUUAGCUCCAAGGACUUCACUUUUGUUGGCAGGAUCCUCUCUGUCAAGGAGCCGAUCUGAUGUGUCUCGAAUGCCAAGCCCCUCCUAUAAAGGCCAUUCAGAAGCUGAACUGAUUAUGUCUGAUUUAAGGAGAAGUGCUUCUAGCAAAGUAAGUGGUACACCGAUGAAGAAGCUCAUCGCUCGAGAAAUGUCAAAAGAAGUUGAGCCUAAACAGAGCCCUACUAACGUGGUGGCGAAGUUGAUGGGUUUGGAGACUCUUCCCCAGACUGCUACACAGCGAAGCAAAUCCAGAAGCUAUUCACACUCUUCGCUGAAUCAUCCGGUGAUGGAUGAUGAUGAAGUCCACAAGUAUCAGGAGCUCAGCAGAGAAUAUAAAGAUGUGUAUGAAAUGUGGCAGUCGCCUCCUCAGAAAGCGAGUCGUUCAAGAGAUAGCUCGCCUAGAAAAGGAAGGUAUGAUGAAAGUGCUGCGACUGAGAGACUUGUUCGUCAGAAGUUUGCAGAAGCGAAACGACUUGUUACAGAUGACAGUCUUCACCAAUCCAAAGAGUUCCAAGAGGCUCUUGAAGUUCUAAGCUCCAACAAGGAUUUGUUUGUUAAGUUGCUCCAGGAAUCAAACUCUUUCUCUCAGCAACUUUCUCAGACUGUUCCUACACAGUCAGAGGCGAAACGCAUCACAGUAUUGAGACCUUCGAAGGCUGUUGAGACAGAGAGAUUUGUGGUUCAAGGGAGGAAGAACAAGCAGGUUAAGAAAUCUGCUUCUUCAUCAAGUGGAUGGGGAAACCGAGGAGGAGGCGAGGAAAGGCCUUUACAACCAACACGUAUUGUUGUCUUGAAGCCUAGUCUAGGGAAGUCUCUAGAUAUGAAAGGUGUUUCAUCAUCGCCAUCCACUCCGAGAGGUGUACCCAAUGAAGGCUAUUUUGAUGAGUCUGGAGAUGUUGAUCAGUCUAAAGAAGUGGCAAAGGAAAUAAUGAUGCAAGUGCGAGAGAAUCUGAUGGGUCACCACCACAGGAAUGAGACACAAUGCUCUUCUGUCUUGUCCAAUGGUUAUAAUGGUGAUGACAGUUCGUUUAACAAAUCUGAUAACGAAGAUCCAGUGGGAAACCUUAGUGAUUCUGAUGAGAUCAUGUCACCAGCUUCUAGACACUCGUGGGACUGUCCUAAUAGGUUUGAAAGUCCUUUCUCUCCUUCCUCUUUCAGCCGAGCCUCGUUUUCUCCUGAGUCAUCUGUCUGCAGAGAGGCUAAGAAGCGACUCUCUGAAAGAUGGGCGUUGAUGUCAGUAACCAGAAGCGGCGGCACUCAGCCGCAUAAACACGUACCGAGAAGCUCAAGCACCUUAGGUGAAAUGCUAGCACUCUCAGAGACCAAAGUGACAAGUGGAUCAUCCUACGAAGAGAUAGUACCUGAGACAAGGGUGUCUACAUCGUGUAUAACCACUCAUCUGAAUCAAGUGGAAAUGGCUGGUGAUUCUCUGAAUAUCCUUGCAAGGUCAAAAUCAGUCUCUGACGUUUCCAAAGCACAGCUUCCGCAAGAGCUUACUGAGACGACGGGAAGCUUGAAAUCUUCAUGGAAAGUUUCCAACUUGUUCUCAUUCAAGAACAAGAAAGCAAGCAAGGAGAAGAGAGAUACAUCUCAGUACAGUAGUAGUAUGUCUCAGCUAGCAACGCCUUCUUCAGUGACUCUUCCCAGCGAAGAUUGUCGUCUCCCUCUUGAUGCAUUACAACAACAAAGCAUAAUCCCAGGCGAGGAGGAACUGACUACACCGAAGCCCCUAGAGGCUGGGAAUACAAGUGAGAAACAGGACGAGCUAAGUCCAGUUUCUGUUCUGUUUCCUCCAUUUGAAGAGGAAGGUGUCAGCACUCCAGAAUGUUCCACAUCAAGCAAGCUAUGGACAACAACUCAAGGAGAGGAGAUGUCUCUUAAAUCUAAUCUAAUAGACAAAUCACCACCAAUCGGGUCUAUUGCUCGGAUCCUCUCAUGGGAUGAUGACUCUUGCACAGACAACAUAUCUAAACCCGCAAUGAGAGGAGUCCAUGAGGAUGAAGACUGGUUCUUAUUCAUAGAAACGGUAUUAACAGCUGCUGGUUUCAGCAAGGGUUGCACCCUCUCUCAUCCCUUAGACCCUUCACUCAGAGAGAAAUACACCAACCUAGAUAACAACAUCAAGGAGUUCGUUAACGAAGGAAAACGUAGACAACACAGGUCAACCCGUAAGCUCAUUUUCGACUGCAUUAACUCCAUCGUUUCAGAAACAACGACUACAACACCACGCAUGGGCCAAGAUUCUCCGCCUUUAGAGUUGGUGGAGCAUGUCUGGUCCCAGGUAAAGGACUGGCUUUCAGAUGAGUAUGUAGAGGACAUAGACGCAAACAGCGUGGCUGCAGAGAGUCUAGUGAAGGAAGAGAUUGUUGGGAGGAGAUGGAUGCAUAGCUUUCAAGCUGAAAUAGACGACCUUGGGAUUGGUAUCGAAAGAGCAUUGUUGCAGGAGCUCGUAGAGGAAGCCGUUCUCGAUCUUACACAAUGAAGAUUAGAGCAGAACAAGUAACUACUACUACAUUUGAAUAAAAAAUGUAAGAUUUAAGUGUAGUUUUUGUCUUUAUGUGUCUCAAUUUUUUUUUGUAACGAUUGAGGGGAAGAACAAAAAUGCUAUGCGACGACCAUAUUGUUAAAGCAAAGCAAUAAGCACUUUGUUCCCAUUUUUAAAACACAAAUCUCGUUACG